CGGCGGCGGCGGCGGCGGCGGCGGCGGCGGCGGCGGCGAGCGAGACCAAGGCUAGACAUGUCCGAGAGGCGAACGCGGUCCGGAGGGGCCGCCCAGUGCUCCGAGCCCAAGGCCCCAACUCCCACUCAGUCUCUGCGGAGGUCCCAGCGGAAAUCAGGCUCUGAUCUCCCAAGCACCCUCCCGGAAAUCUGGCCUAAGGCACCCCAGGAGGCUCCAAUCAGAAAGCCCAUUGUCUUGAAGAAGAUCGUGGCACAUACUGUAGAGACCCCAUCUGUUCAGUCGCCUCGAAGGAGCCCCAGGAUUGCUUUUCUCUUGGAGAAAGAAAACAACCCUUCCAGCAAGAAGCCUGCAAGGGAAGACCUCUUCCAGACAUGCAGCGUCCCUGUCACUCCCACCCCCACUCCUGUGCUCUGCUCCAUUAAUGUUGAGUCCAACUCCAGAGAAGGAGACCUGGACGCCAGAGACUUGGAAAUGUCGAAGAAAGUCAGGCGAUCCUAUAGCCGCCUGGAGACUCUUGGCUCUGUCUCCACCUCCACCCCUGGCCGCCGGUCCUGCUUUGGCUUUGAGGGGCUGCUGGCGGCAGAAGACUUGGCUGGAGUCUCGCCGGUGGUGUGUUCAAAGUUAACCGAGGUCCCCAGGGUCCCUGCGAAGCCCUGGGCCCCAGACAUGACUCUUCCUGGAAUCUCCCCGCCGGUCAUGAAAGAGAAGCGAAAGAAGAAGAAGGUGCCUGAGAUCUUGAAAUCGGAGCUGGAUGAGUGGGCCGCAGCCAUGAAUGCUGAGUUUGAAGCUGCUGAGCAGUUUGAUCUCCUGGUUGAAUGAGAUGAGAUGGGGAUGCACCUGGCCAGACUCUUCUCCUCCCCCUGUACAUAGUCCCCUCUACCUGUGGAGAAGACUCUCAGGGUCCCCUCCCCUGGCCUUGUUACCCACCACCGUGCUGUUGCUGCACAGGAGGCCUGUCCUCCUCCCAGGGCUUGUGUGGCAGCCACAGCCGUCUCAGCUUCAGGAAAGGGGGCCCGGCCUGCCUGGCCCAGCCACGCACUGGUGUCCUUUCUGUAGUCGGUGACCCACUACCCUCUCCUCCCUGCCUUCCAGAGUAUCCCAGUUGGUUUCCAGCUGGGCCACAGACUAGGGAGUCAGAAUCACUGGCCCAGCCCGAGGAGGUUAAAGGGCGGGGGUUUGUGGGUGAGAGAGCACCUCUGCCCUUGUUGGGAAACUUGGCUGCUCUGCACCAGCUCCACCAGAAACGGAUGCUGAGGGCCACAGCCAGCCUUGCCCUUUCUCUUCUGAGUUGCCUUCUGUUCCCGGUCGUGAGCCCCUCAAGGUAACAAGGCUUGGGUUUCCUCAUAGAUUCUGUGGCUGGUCUAGGAGGACAUGUCCCCAUGGAUUGCAAACAGUCUAUCUGUGGGAGAAGCUGGACAUUCAGUCUAUAGGGUCUUAGGUUUUGAAGGAUAGAGGGAAGCCUUGGCUGGGUUUCAAACGUAAACAUUUACUGCAGAGAAGCUGUGUUUUAUAGUCUGUUCUGCUGUUGAGAUGUUCGGUUAAAUGCCAGGCUGAUGGGGCACUGGCUGCUUGGGGCAAAGAAGGUGUCUCCAGAUGCCACUGAACCUGAGGCUCAGGGCACUGGGACUGGAGGCCCGCAGGGGGCCGGGAAGUGGUACACUCCUGUCACUCAUAGCUGUUUUUUUAACAAAAUAAAGUGUACAGAGUCUACUCAGCUAUAGAAGAAUAACAGGGGUUGGAUGGUCUUGAUGGUGAUCUAGCAUUUUGCAGCUACACUUGUAAAGUUCUAAGAAGCUUUUCUCGCAUGCCAGAAAGGGGCUGAGGUUAAUAGCAGUUUUAGCUUUCAGCUUCCUUAGUGUCCUCUCACACGAGGACAUUGCCCUGAGGUAGGUGCUCAGAGUUGAAUGGGGCAGAAGGGUGGUCGUUCUCUGGGGAACCCUGCUCCCCUACCCUCUGCUUCUUGUUCCUCAACGUUGUUAAAAAGUGAGCCUUCAAAGGCUUCCCAGCCACAACUUCCGCCAGAGCCCAGGCCAUUGUGCCUUUUGACAUUUACAGGUUCGUGGACGUGGAGGCUAAGAGGAGUGUAGAGGGGCUGGUGAACAGCAGAGAACGUCAGGGAAGAUAAGCGCUUCCUCGGUUAGGGCACCUGAAAUGCUUGGGCCUGAUGGCGCUAAUUAAACUCUUUGCAAGGCUAAAGGGUCCCAGGCUACCUGUCGAACGCUUCAUGCUUUGUCAAAUCCUGCAAGCAAGCCCCUUUACCAGGGUGGGCCCAGAUGCCUUUGGGCUGGCCCACACCUGAAGAAUCUGGUCCUCACCAGCUGGCAGGACAACUCCUGGGAAACAGUCCUGUAGAAUUGGAAGUCACCAAAUGAUGUUGGGUUGAUUUCGUUAUCACAGACUUCUCUCUGUCCCUGAAAAAGUAAGAAUGGAGUUUAAGAGAAAACAGGUUUCUUUUUUAAAUUAAAAAAGAAAACCUGAUUAAAGAAUUAUUGCCUGUUCA